CAGCCACACAAAGGGAAGAGUUUGUUGUCCAUGUUUCUGUCCUCAAUUAUUGUACAAAAUCAAACCUUUCUACACAUAAUUUAAAAUGGAGAACCAAAUAAUUUGUACACUAAAUUAGGAAUUCUCUUUGGGGAAGACAAAUCCAUGGCUGCAACCAAGAAGACAGUUCUAAUAACUGGGGUGACCAGAGGAAUAGGACGAGCCUUGGCAUUGGAGUUGGCAAAACAUGGCCAUCUAAUUAUUGGUUGCGGCCGCGACAAAACCAAUUUGGAUUCACUUCAGCUGCAACUCUCUAAUGCUUCCCCACAAAACCAUUUGCUCUUCAUCGCUGAUGUGAAGUCAGAUGACAGCAUCCGACAAAUGGCACACACGGUCCGGGACAAACUUGGUUCUCUUGACAUCAUUGUGAAUAAUGCAGGUGUGAAUACUGCGAAUUUGAAGUUUUGGGAGGUUCCUGGCGAAAUGUUUGAUAAUGUAAUCGACAUAAACAUAAAAGGGGCCGCAAAUGUGUUGCGUCACUUCAUUCCUCUUAUGCUUCCUAGGAAUCAAGGAAUUAUUGUGAACAUAUCUUCUCUGUAUGGAAGAUCUGUGGGUCCCCUGGCUUCGGCUUAUUGCGCUUCCAAAUGGGCGAUUGAAGGUUUGAGUAAAUCAAUUGCAAAGAAGCUACCCAAUGGAAUCACAAUUGUAGCGUUAGAUCCUGGCAUUAUCAAUACGGACAUGGCUGUUGCCUAUUUUGGCGAUUUGGCUUCCCAAUACCAAUCUCCUCAAGAAUGGGCUCUGAAAGCAACUUCCAUGAUUCUAAAUAUUACCACCGCUGAUAAUGGUGCAACUCUUAUUGUUCCUGAUCCGGGUGAUCUGCCCAAUCUUGAUACAGAGAAAAGACCCGAAGUAAGUAAUAAUUGAAUAACAUGAUACAUUAUCGGUCUCGCUUGAUUUUCUUACUUUCUACUUUUCGUUUUCAAGUACUUUAAACUGUUGUAAUUUU